AUGAAAAGGGCGGCCCACGCACUUUCGCUCGCAGCCGGCGUCUUGCUGCUCAUACUGGUUGUGGUCGAAGGCGAGCUGCCACCCCGCCUGCCCGGCCGCAUCGCUAAGCGGUUAACUGAGCUCACCGACCCGGAGGCUCUCUGGCGCGACACGGAGCGCAUCGCCAUCGUGCGUCCGGCCGACACGCCGGGCAACGCCGCCGUGCGCGAGUACAUCGUCUCCCAGUUCACCUCUGGAGGGCUGGCCCAGCCGUGGAACGUGGAGAUUGACGAGUUCAGGAGCGCCACGCCCUACGGGGAGAAGACGUUCCGUAACAUCAUCGUCACGUGGAACUGCGACGCGCCGGAGCGGGUGGUCCUGGCUGCCCACUACGACUCCAAAUACUUCCCCGAGCCGCGCAACUUUGUGGCGGCGACGGACUCGGCAGCGCCCUGCGCUCUGCUGCUCGACAUCGCGCGCUCGCUCGACGCCCACCUCUCCUGCCCCACCUCCACCAACCUGGGUCUGCAGCUGGUGUUCUUUGACGGGGAGGAGGCGUUCCGCCAUUGGACCCCCACGGACUCCAUCUAUGGCGCACGCCACCUGGCCGCCAAGUGGGCCGCCGAGGACAAGCUCGCCUCCAUCUCGGUGUUCGUGCUGCUGGACCUGAUUGGCGCGGCCAACCCCAAGUUCCAAUCUUUCUGGACUGAGACCGACGAGUACUACGGGCGGUUGCGGACCAUCGAGAAUUCGCUGAAGCGCACCCUCAACGGGACGAGGAACUACUUCCAGUCCAGGUCGAUCUCGUACAGCGGCAUCGAGGACGACCACAUACCCUUCCUCCAGCGCGGGGUCAAGAUCCUCCACCUCAUCUGCAACCCCUUCCCCCGGGUGUGGCACACGGACUACGACAACCUCGACGCCAUUCACCUCCCCACCCUCUCCGACAUCUCCACGAUCAUGCGAGUCUUUGUGGCCGAGCUCAUGGGCGUGCGCGAUGAGGGUAACGCCGACGGGAGAAGAGCAGCUCCCCUUCCCCUUCUCCCGUGCUCCCCGACCACUCAGAGCUGU